AUGGAGGACAGGCCUAGACGGAGCUGGUGCGUCUUCCGACAACCGGUCCUCUGGACGGCCGAACCACACGCAGCAAAAACGCGGGGUGACACGACCGCGGAAGCCACGACACAGGCGUGGCUCACGCACGCACGCGAGGUAGACCUCACGCUGGAAUCAUUCGACAUCGCCAUAGGCGAUCCAGAGCAGGUGCCGUUUGCGCCUGCUGCAUCGACCCCUGAGGAGGCGUCCGAUGCAAAUGUCGGGCAGGUGUUGGCUGCGCCUGCCACAGCUUCGCUACAAUUGUUAGAGCGUGCUGUCCCAUUGCAGGUGCCUGCCACAGCAGAGGAAACCCAGGAGCCUCCUGCCUCCUACGAACAGGAAAAGGACCCGCCUGCCGCGAUACAGCAUGAGGAGCUGGUCGCGUACACCAACGUUUUUCGUGCAGUGGACAAGACAGCGCCCGCCGAGAAUACGAGGGUGUUCAUCGACACUGCUGCUUCGGGACACAUGGUAAGCAACGAGAGCCCAGUCUCACAUGUAGUCGACUUGGUUGACUGCGACGUCCACAUCAAGGGUUCGUGCGGCACAUCCAGCGCCACCAAGAAAGGUACGCUGAAGUUCAAACUCAAGAAUGACAAAGGUCAACCCUUCCCGAUAGAGUUGGAGGUUCUGCUUGUGCGGAACCUUGGGGCAAACAUAUUUUCUGUCGGAGCGUUGGAUGAGAAGGGGGUGAAGACGGAUCUACUUUCGGCACCUCCGGCCCUGCGAAGCCGGAACCUGUCUUUCCCCAUAUCAACAGCAGAUGUGCCUCGAAUGUACGUCGUGAAUUUCAUCCUGGACGACCUGAAUCUCGACCUGCCUAGUUCUCCGCUAGUUUUCCCUGCCGAUACCGAUGCCGGUGUCUGGCACCGGAAGAUGGUACAUUGCAAUGCGCGCGAACUGAAGCAGCUCUCGGAUAAGGAAGGCACCGGCAUCAAGUUCACCACCAACAUUCGACCAGCCGACUUCAAGGGCAGGUUCUUAGCAAUGUGUUGGUCCUUCGGGAUUGCUGUGGAGACAAGCUCCCCGUACGUCCCUCAAGGGAAUGCUGUUGCCGAACGCGGUUUCGGGACUGUCAUCCGUGCAGCACGUAGCCUCCUGCUUGGAGCUCCGCACCUGCCGCGUCAACUGUGGGCGGAAGCCGUGCAGGCCGCCAUUUACAUCAAGAACCGCACACCUACUGACGUCGUGGACGGCCAAGCACCACUUGAGGGCGAAGAAGUAUUACAUGGUGGGAUACAAUCAACCAGCAAGACGUGGCGGCUAUGGGACCCGGCGGAACCACUCAAAAUUACAAACUCUGCUGAAGUGUCAUUCCGCGAGGUAGAUGCCCGCGACGUCGCUCGCCCCAUGCACGGGUCUGACCCAUUUCCCGAACAAGGCCAGAUUUUCCAGCCCGGCAUUAUCAUUGGGCCAGAGACAAGAGACGAGGAACCAGAACCGGCAGACACGAACGACGGACCGGGCGAAGAACCGCCCGCGGUGCGCAAAAGCGGUCGCACGACAAAGCCGCGGGACCGCCUGAACCUGUUAACGACGGAGCAGGUGUUCGAAACAGAAUACGCACUGGUGAUCGGAGAACCGUGCUUGUACAUCCUGGACGACGGAGAUGUGCUCCUUCUCGUUUAUGUGGAUGACAUUCUGCUGACCGGGGAGGGCGAGAACAAAGUGCUGAGCAUAGUAAAUCAGCUGAAUGAGCGUUUCGAAACGGUGGACCUGGGAGGAGCCAGGUUCCUGCUCGGUAUGAGAAUCAACCGAGACAGAGCCGCAGGGACAAUUCUUUUAGAACAGGAAGCGUAUACCAACGCAGUGUUGGACAAGUUCGGCAUGGCCGACGCGCGUCCGACGACAUCUCCGUCUGAGGCUGGACCGGUGUCCGUCUUGGAGGACGAGGUGUUGUCAGCGGAGGAUACCACAUAUUUCCGCUCCGCCACAGGCUCGCUUUUAUAUCUCAGCAGGUGCACAAGGCCCGACAUUACUCACUCCGUGGUGGUUCUGACGCGGAGUAUGGCGAAACCAGGUCCGAGGGCAAUGCAGAAACUCAAACGCGUACUCAGGUACCUGAAAGGGGCGAUAUCAAUCGGUGUACGCUACGGCGAGGAUGCCGAAGAUGGCAACGUCAUUACGGCGUUUGUCGACUCAGAUUUUGCAGGGGACCUAGACAAGGGAUACUCCACCACGGGAGUCGUGCUGUACUUCGCUGGUGGACCGGUGGAAUGGACAUCAUCCAAGCAGACGGUGGUGGCGACCUCUUCCGUUGAAGCAGAGUUCGUGGCUUUGUCAAAGGGGUGCAACAUCAUCAAGUACUUCCGCCACCUGCUGGACACCAAAAAUCAGACUCAGGGAGAAGCAACCGUGGNAUGCAGAAACUCAAACGCGUACUCAGGCGACCUAGACAAGGGCUACUCAACCACGGGAGUCGUCCUGUACUUCGCUGGUGGACCGGUGGAAUGGACAUCAUCCACGCAAACGGUGGUGGCGACUUCUUCCGUUGAAGUAGAAUUCGUGGCUUUGUCGAAGGGGUGCAACAUCAUCAAGAAGACGCAACCGUGGUGUGGGAGGACAACUCGGGAGCUCCGAAAUUAA